AUGGCAGCUGCACUUGUCAGGCAGCUCCGCUUUGCGCUGGCAGGCCUUCUUGUGCUGGUUCGGCAAGCCCACAGCGACGCAGGUUGCCAGAUCGAGACCACAGCCGAUGACAUCGUGGCUGGUUUGGACAUCCGAGACAAAGUUGCCGUUGUCACAGGGGGAGACAGCGGCAUGGGCUACGAGGUUGCCCUUUCCCUUGCUCGGGGCGGUGCUACAGUCUGUAUCGGGAGCCACAAUGAGACUAAGGGAACAGCAGCAGCGCAGAAGAUCAUCGACAAGAUUCCUGGUGCAAAAGUGCGGUCGUUCAGCUUGGACUUGGGUUCUUUCUCGAGCGUGCGCACUUUCGCCACGCAAGUCCGAGAGAGCACCGGCGGUGGGAUCCACAUGUUGAUCAACAAUGCCGGGAUUUACGACAACGAGGCUAAGGCAACAGCCGACGGCUUCGAGGUCAUCUUCCAAGUCAACUAUCUGGGCCAUUUCCUUCUCACUGAGCUGCUCUUGCCUGCCUUGCGCCAGGCCAAGGGACGGGUGGUCAAUGUCGCCAGCGAGCAGGAAGGAGUGGCCUGCAGGCUUGCUGGCUUUCCGGACGGAUGCCUGCAUGGCUUCGACUACCUCCCGGUGCCGGUGAUUCCAAAGCACAACGUGACGAUGGCCGAUGGCUUCUCUAUGCCAGCAACGACGUAUGGGAUUGCCAAGACCAUGUUGAUCGAGCAUGCCGCUGCCCUGGCGCUCCGCGAGGAUCCUUCCAAGGUGGCGGCCUUUGCAAUCACACCAGGGUAUGUUAACACAUCGAUCACAAUUGGCGAUAACGUGACGCGACGGUGCCUGACCCAGCCGCCACCAAAUCCAUGUCCUUUCACGCCGCAAGAAGGUGCAGCAGUUUCGGUGUACUGUGCCGCCGCCGCAGCUGAAAGCUUAUCCGGAAGCUACAUCUCCCGGGUUCUGGAGUGCUCGCCUCAAGAGCCUGUCCACAAUGGCUUUACAAGAGCCAUGCUUCCCGAGCUCUACAGCCGAUCCCUUCAGUGGGUCGGCUUGUCGGAGGAGGAACCAUCUCUCUUUGCAUGA